AUGGAUCGAUCCCUUAAUAGUCUUGUACUUGUCGUUUUUCUCUCCUUAUGUCUUGGUUUCUGCUUGUUUCCUGGUACAGCAUCAGCUAAUCUAAGAAAAAAUUACUACCGCAAAACAUGUCCCAAUGUAGAGAACAUUGUUAGAGAUGCUGUCACCAAGAAUUUCCGACAAACUUUCGUCACGGAUCCGGCGAAGGUCCGGUUCUUCUUCCAUGAUUGCUUUGUGCAGGGUUGUGAUGCCUCGGCGAUGAUCGCGUCGUCCGGUGGCAACAAGGCCGAAAAGGAUCACCCUGAUAACCUGUCGUUAGCCGGAGACGGAUUCGACACCGUGAUCAAAGCCAAAGAAGCUGGGGAUGCGGUCCCGCUUUGCAGAAACAAGGUCUCUUGUGCUGAUAUAUUGGCAAUGGCUACCCGAGAUGCUAUUGCACUGAGGCCUAAGAAAUAA